AUAAAUAUUAUUGUGUAGUAGAAACAAGUCAACAAACUUGCGCGGAGAGGAAAAAAAAAAGAAAAAAAAGAGACAUUAAAAAUAGUUAUUAAUUGUUUUUUUCCUAUUUGUCAGGAUUUGAAGCGUCUGCCGCUUGGCACGGGAGGCCGCACGCAGCAAUUUCAGGAGGAAGGAGCCAUGGCGGAGGUCGUCAGCGACCACAGGAGGAUGCCUAUUAUCGGUCUCGAUUGUCCACCUGAUGUCUCAUCCUCUCCGCCCUCGCCGUCGGCUAUCUCGACUUCGAUUGCGCCGACGUCACGACAUUGUGUAAAAGAGCGAAUUCUGGAUUCAGUCAUCCACCUAUCAGCAGCAUCAGCAACAGGGAGCCAUGGCGGAGGUGGUCACCCUCAGAAACGGCCACAGCAUGCCCGUCAUCGGCAUCGGCGUGUCGUGGUUGGAGCCCCAGUCCAUCCGAGACCUCAUCCUCUCCGCGCUCAACAUUGGCUAUCGCCAUUUCGAUUGCGCCGCUAAUUACCACAUUGAAGCUGAGGUUGGCGAAGCACUCGCAGAGGCUUUUCUCACAGGACUCGUCAAAAGAGAAGAAGUUUUCAUCACCACCAAGCUAUGGAAUUCAGAUCACGGGCAUGUGCUUGAUGCCUGCAAGGACAGCUUGAAGAAACUCAAUCUACAAUAUCUUGAUCUUUACCUUGUUCACUUUCCAGUAGCUACAAGGCAUACUGGGAUUGGAACAUCAGCUAGUGCUCUUGGAGAUGAUGGUGUUCUAGACAUAGAUACAACCAUCUCCCUUGAGACCACUUGGCAUGCGAUGGAAGAGCUUGUUAACUUAGGGCUUGUCAGGAGCAUUGGGAUCAGCAACUACGACAUAUUUCUCACCAGAGACUGCUUGGCAUACUCUAAAAUCAAGCCUUCAGUGAUCCAAAUAGAGAUUCACCCAUAUUUUCAACGGGAAUCUCUCAUCGACUUUUGCCAGAAGCAUGGAAUCUGUGUAACUGCUCAUACACCUCUCAGUGGUGGUACUGCUAACACCCAACGUUUUGGCACCAUGUCCUGCCUUGACGAUCCGGUCAUAAAGUCCUUGGCUGAGAAAUACAACAAGACAGCUUCUCAGCUUAUUCUCAAGUGGGGGAUCCAGAGGAACACUGUUGUUAUACCAAAGACUUCGAAGAUCGAAAGGCUGCAUGAGAAUUUCAAAGUGUUUGAUUUCACAAUACAUGAUGAAGACAUGAAAAAGAUGAAAGAUAUUGAUCGGAAGUACAGAACUAAUCAGCCAGCCAAAUUUUGGGGGAUUGAUCUCUAUGCUUGAACUCAUCUAUCAAGAGUUCUCACUACACUAAUAGAAUAGUUAGUUUUUCCUUAUCUAUGAUGCUGCUUGUUGUUGUUU